GUUAGAGACCAGGGGACCUUGGACCAGCGAGGGGCAGGAGCGGGCCCCGACGGCGCAGUCCCCCGUCGGUCAUCUGCAAGCAGGCCCCGCGCGGCGAGCGGGGGGUCGGCGGCGGCGCCCUCGGGCCUCGGGGGUCCAGCCAUGACCUUCGGGCGCAGCAGGACGGCCUCGGUGGUGCUGAACGUGGGCGGCGCCCGGUACUCGCUGUCCCGGGAGCUGCUGAAGGACUUCCCGCUGCGCCGCGUGAGCCGGCUGCACGGCUGCCGCUCGGAGCGCGACGUGCUGGAGGUGUGCGACGACUACGACCGCGAGCGCAAUGAGUACUUCUUCGACCGGCACUCUGAGGCCUUCGGCUUCAUCCUGCUCUACGUGCGCGGCCACGGCAAGCUGCGCUUCGCGCCGCGGAUGUGCGAGCUCUCCUUCUACAACGAGAUGAUCUAUUGGGGCCUGGAAGGCGCGCACCUCGAGUACUGCUGCCAGCGACGCCUCGACGACCGCAUGUCCGACACCUACACCUUCUACUCGGCAGACGAGGCGGGCGCGCUGGGCCGCGACGAGGCGCGACCCGGCGGUGCUGAGGCGGCCCCCUCCAGGCGCUGGCUGGAGCGCAUGCGGCGGACCUUUGAAGAGCCCACGUCGUCGCUGGCCGCGCAGAUCCUGGCCAGCGUGUCGGUGGUGUUCGUGAUCGUAUCUAUGGUGGUGCUGUGCGCCAGCACCCUGCCCGACUGGCGCGCCGCGGCAGCCGACAACCGCAGCCUGGAUGACCGGAGCAGGUACUCCGCCGGCCCUGGGAGGGAGCCCUCCGGGAUAAUUGAAGCUAUCUGCAUUGGUUGGUUCACUGCAGAGUGCAUCGUGAGGUUCAUCAUCUCCAAAAACAAGUGUGAGUUUGUCAAGAGACCCCUGAACAUCAUUGAUUUACUGGCAAUCACACCGUAUUACAUCUCCGUGUUAAUGACAGUAUUUACGGGCGAGAACUCUCAACUCCAGAGGGCUGGAGUCACCUUGAGGGUGCUUAGAAUGAUGAGGAUUUUUUGGGUGAUUAAGCUCGCCCGUCACUUCAUUGGUCUCCAGACACUUGGUUUGACUCUCAAACGAUGUUACCGAGAGAUGGUGAUGUUACUUGUCUUCAUUUGUGUUGCCAUGGCAAUCUUUAGUGCACUGUCUCAGCUUCUUGAACAUGGGUUGGACCUGGAAACAUCCAACAAGGACUUCGCCAGCAUCCCUGCUGCCUGCUGGUGGGUGAUUAUCUCUAUGACUACAGUUGGCUAUGGAGAUAUGUAUCCUAUCACAGUGCCUGGAAGAAUUCUUGGAGGAGUUUGUGUUGUCAGUGGAAUUGUUCUGUUAGCAUUACCCAUCACUUUUAUCUACCAUAGCUUUGUGCAGUGUUACCAUGAGCUCAAGUUUAGAUCGGCUAGAUAUAGUAGGAGCCUCUCUGCUGAGUUCCUAAAUUAAUGCACUGCAGAUCAAUUCUUGCAAACACUUUGAUAGAAAGAGUUGACACUGCUUCAUAUUCAUGCGUUUCUUGCUGGGUAAGCACUGCAGUGGUACUGUCAUCACCUUGGUAGGGUAACAAUUAUCCUUCCCAGCCGAAGGGAUAGAACAAUUUAUUUAUUAUGGAGUAAACAGGAUCGAGACUACAAAGGAAAAUAGAGGAAUAGUAGGGUCUUUUAUUUAGACUUGUCUCCUCCUUGCCUUGAACAAUUAUACUUUUUUGUGUUUGUUUUAAAGUACAUUAUUUGAACAUUUUAAAACUGAAAGCUACUAUUUCCAAAUGUUUUUCUAUCUUAUGAAUUCAGAAGAAGCUUGGAAGUUAUCAUGUUGUUUUUUGCUGGAGAAUAACAUUUUCAUUUCUAAAUGUUUUAUAAUCUCUCCUAUCAAUGUCAGAAGUAUCCUGGAAACAUAUGUCACAUGCAGGAACUGUUUAACAAAUACUUAAAAAAUUUGGCUAAAUUUUAAACUGUAUAAUGGAGCUAGAUACAAGCAAGAAUAGUAUUUGAAAGACUUUUCCAGAGUAUUUCUCAAUUCUCUGAUUUAUUUUUGUUCCUAUUAUUCACCUUAUCAUACAGCUUCAUGGAAGGUUGAGUACGUUCUCCCCUUUCCAUUUUGGAAUUCUUUUCUCUCUUUACUGAAAUGAAUCCAAAGAGUAUUUCAGAAUGAGGAGAGCUUGUAUUGUUUAGCAUUUUAUGGGAGGAAGUUCAUUUUAUUUGAAUUUAUUGCUGUUACUAAGUGAUAAUUGUCCUAACAUUCAGCUAUCCAAACAAGACUGUUUCCAACAUAAAAAUCAUAAUAGAAAUAAUUUGAUAUCACAGCCCAUAUUUAUCUUCUUCUGCUCUUAAUUUUUUUCCAUGGGUUUAAUAAGACUUUUUUAGGAUAUUUAUAUAGCCCUUUUAUACCAAAGUCAUACUUAGAUGUUAUCGCUGGAAAUCAUAAAAAAUAAAUUAAAUAUUUCCUUACUCUUGGUUGCUGUGUAGCUAAGCCAAUUUUAAGCCAGCUAAAAGCAAUGAAUACAUAAUUAUUUUAUCUGAUCUUCACCAUUGUGAAUUAUAGCUACACCAAAACUUCUUAUAACAAUGUUGAAUAACAUGCCACAUUAAUCCGGCUAGAUUAUUAAGACUAGACAAUGUAAAACUGAUGACUGGUUAGUGCUAAAUUUUAGCAAUAUGAACUAGGAUUUUGGUUUGUUAACCAGUUCCCAUAACCAAUGUGUAAACACAAGAGGUUAAAAGUCAUAGAUCCAUGGAUAAUUUAAU